GGAGUAUGUAUAUUUUACAUUUACGACUGUUUGGCAUAGAGAUCGCUGCAGUAGUGAUCAGUGAGGCACUCCCAUUUGAUUAAAGAAGUAUUUGACUGUCGUUUGUUUUGAGAUUGGAUGUUGUCAUUUAUUAGAGUAUAUAAAAAUUAUGGGGUCGGAAGUGAAUAAGAAAGUGGGUGCAAAAGUCACUGACAAUUUAUUUAGAAAAAUUUUCGACUCUUUAUUAUGGACAUGUGCUUUGGUAUUCAUUUGCUUAUCCGUUUCCGGAAUAUUUCCUCCAAACCAUUCGUCAUUUUCUUGCAAUGAUGUUUCAAUACAACAUCCAUUUGGAGGAGAUACCAUUGGUGCUGGAAUAUUGAUCACAACUCUUAUUUUUUGUCCCAUCUUAGUGUUUUUUAUCACUGAAGCAGUACAUUAUUAUCCCAUCACAACCAGGGCUCAUUUUCAACAUUAUUACAACCAGUGUUCAGCAGUACUAAAGAACUUCCUAUUGGGAUUUCUUUAUGUAUUUUUUGUAACAGAACUUUCAAAGUCAUUGGUUGGUGAGCUUAGACCUCAUUUCCUGGAUACAUGUAAACCUGACUGGUCAAAGAUCAACUGUUCCCAAGGGAUCAUUUCUGAAUAUUCCUGUACUGGGAGUGGUCCUUAUUGGUUAGUAAAAGUGGAUAUUUACAAAUCAUUCCCAUCAGGUCAUGCAUCACUGUCUUUUUAUACAUCAGUAUUUGUCAGUCUCUAUGUUCAAGUUCGAAUUCAUCGUACUUCAAAGUCACAUCUAUUAAAGUCGUGGUUACAACUGUUAUUCCUUUCCUGGGCUUUAGUAUGCAGCUUGACGAGAAUAUCUGAUUAUCGUCACUUUUGGUGGGAUGUUUUAGUAGGCUCCUUGGUGGGAAUCGUAGGAGGAAUUUUAACGGUCAGAUGUUUUGUACAGAAUGGCUUCAAAUUCAGGGAAAACAUAGAAGUAAAAGACAAAACUGUUAGCUCUGGAAAAACUAAAGAAUCAUCACCUAACAAGCCUCCUGACAGUCAUGCAUCUGACCAGGAAAGAACUGUUAUUGAAAAACAUUCUGCUUAUAAAUCUGAGAGAGAGAAAAUGUUAAGUUAACAUUGUGGUCUAAUAAAAUAAUCAUAUCAAAAAAUAAUUAAGACUAGUAUAUAUAGUUAAAAUUGUGAAGAAACCAAAAUGUAUGUAUGGCACAUUUAUAGCUUUAAAGUUAAAAAAAUCCUCAGUUAUUACAAAAUUGCAACUACUAGAAAAAGGUUAGUGAAAUUCAAUAGACAAAUAAUAUAAAAAAUAUAAUAUAAUGUAAAAGGUUUCUAAAUAUCACCUAUAUAGCCAUAAUCACUGUAUCAAUAUACAUUAUCUUUAGCAUAUAGAAAAUGUAUAUGAAGUAUUAAGGAGUUUAAGUGCAUAUUGGAGACUAAAAAUGUCAAAGAAAUGACCUAAACUGUUUGUAAGACAUCAUUGGCUUUAUGUCUAAUGUUUUGUUUUUACGAUUUCUUCAAGGAUCUUUACUACAAUGUAAUAAUUCAAAACAUACAGAACAGAAUAACAGAUUUUCAUUAAUUGUGUCAAUUUUUUAUUUAAAUUAAAGAAAAACAAAUAUCAGUAUCAUGAUUUACAAUUGCUUUGAGGAAGAAAAGGGUUAUAUAAAUAAAGUUCAAAUUAAACUAGGUGCUACAUAAUAUAUAAAUAUUUUUAUCAGUACUUGUGUAUAAUGUUAAAAUGAUAAAUAUACAACGUUAAAUGAUAUCAAAGUAAUGACUACAUGUUUUCAUAUGAUUUUAAUUGUGUAUUGAUUUUAAUGUAUAGUUAUUAUUUUAGGUGCUACAUAAAUCAAAUUUUAUUAAGAUUGGCAAAAUAUCAUUCUAAGUUACAUCCUUUCUGUUAAAAUAAUGUUCUUGAUUCUGAAGUAUGAGAAACAUUGAAUAGCAAAUAUUACUGUUAUCAGUGUCAGAUAAGAUACUAUGUUUUGUACCUUUUAUGUUGUUGUGCUUCAGUAUAUCUGUUCCUGAGAAGUUACAAAGAUUAAAUGUUAGAAAUAUAACUAACAUUUAUCUGAGCCUUAGCUUGUUCUUAUAGAAAAUUUACUUAGCAGCUGAACCUUUAAAAUGUAUAAGUUGGUUUGUGUGUUCUAUAUGUAUGUAUGUAUGUAUGUGUAUACACACACACACACACAUAUACCUGUGAGUGUGUAUGGUUUUAAUUUACUGAGGUUAAAAUUUGAUUUGGUGAUCACAAACACAUGUAUAUAUAUUUACCUGUGUUUUCUAAUUUAAAACCUGCAUCUGAAAUAUCAAAAUUAGUGAGGUUAAAAUUUGAUUUAGUGAUCACUAUUAGAGUACUGAUUUAGUUGUUGUUAUUUGAAGGUUUAAUUUAAUUUCAAUGUGUAGAGAAUCAUUCUUUGUAAAGAAGUAGAAACAUCAAACAAUAUUUGCAUAGCCAACAUGAUUAUUCUUAAAAUUGUUAGAAUUUGCAUUAACAACUUACAUUUAUCAUACAUACGUAGCAAAACUUUCUUUAAAAUAUCACAGUAAUUGUAUAUCCCAUGAUUUACAACAGUAAUGUUUUGUUGAAUUGAAAUGUCGUAUAGGUGUUUUAAUAUGUUAAUAGAGAGAUUACAGUUUGUAUUAAUUCCAUUUAUAUAUGUUCUACUUGUUAAAGGUGAAAUAUGUCUGAAAUCUACAUGUCUUGUGCAAUAUCAUUUUAGUAUAAUUUACAAUCAAUUUAGUAAUUCAUAAAUAUAUAUUUUUAUGAGGUUCAUAGAAUAUGAUGGGAAUAAGUUUGAUUAUGCAUUGAAAACUUUUUCUCACUAAAUAAAUAUUUUGAUGACA